AUGGAUUAUUUUUGUGGAUCCCCAUAUUGGAAUGCGAGCUUAACAUGGAAUACAGACAGUCCGGACUUCACACCAUGCUUCCAAAAAACUGUUCUAGUAUGGAUCCCGUGUAUGUACCUGUGGUUAGCCGCUCUCCUUGAAGUAUACCAAAUGAUUUUAAGUAAAGAGGCCAACAUAUCAUGGAACAAACUGAAUUUGAUCAAAAUGAUUUCAACGCUAUUAUUGAUAUUUCUGCAACUAGUAGACAUCAGUCGAACUGUUUUUGUGCUUCCAAGAGAGACGAAUAAAAUUUUUGAUGCAGAUUAUUAUGGUCCAGUUGUCAAAUUUCUGACUUUCGUAUUAACAGCAACUCUAAUAUAUUACAACAAAAAAUGCGGAAUGAGAACUUCAGGUGUACUUUUUAUAUUCUGGUUGCUCCUCAUUUUAGCUGGGUUACCUCAGCUAAGAACUGAAAUAAGGAACUAUUUAGAUAAUCGAAAUAACCUAUACAAUAUUUCAAGUUAUAUUAUGUACUACUUUAUAGUAGUAACAAUGUUUAUAUUGAGCUGUUUCGCCGACUUACCACCAGUAGACACACCUUACGUAUAUGAUAAGAGGCAAUCCCCAGAAGAUGCAUCUGGCUUCCCCAGCCGCCUCACAUUUUCCUGGUUCGAUCCUAUAGCUAUAACAGGUUAUCGUAGAACUCUAACAGAAAGUGACUUGUAUUCUAUAAGCCCUAAAAUAAAUUCUAAGGAAUCCCUAGCAGAAUUUGAAAGAAACUGGAUGAGAGCCUCGAAGGAGCAAGGACCUUACAGGCACCCGACUGAAUUUGAUUUUUCCGAAACAUCCUCGCUCAAAGGUCACAAGAAAAAAAAGGAAACUGUCUCUGUGCUUGCUAUCCUGCUUAAAGCUUUCGGUGUACAGUUCUUCAUUGCUAUGGUUUUGAAAUUCUGUAACGAUAUACUCGUAUUCGCGUCACCACAGUUACUCAGAUUACUUGUAGGUUUUGUCGGUAGUGAUGAACCUGUAUGGCAAGGCUACCUUUACGCUGGUACUAUGUUAUUGUGCGCUACUGUACAGACUAUGUUUUUGGGGCAGUAUUUCAUUAAAAUUUCAAAAGUUGGGGUGAAAAUUAGCAGUGCAUUAAGCAGUAUGAUAUAUAAGAAAGCCUUAUGCUUGUCUAACGAAGCCAGAAAGACCUCUACAGUGGGAGAGAUUAUGAACUUGAUGUCUACAGACGUAAGCAGAUUCAAUGACCUGACUCUUAUAAAUAUGUUAUGGUCUGGACCAUUGCAAGUGGCACUGACCAUGUACUUUUUAUGGGGAGUACUGGGGCCGUCGGUGCUGGCCGGUCUCGCAGUGAUUAUUGUGCUUAUGCCAAUCAAUGCAUUCUUUGCGGGCGUACAGAAGAAAUUUCAGACCAAGCUCAUGCGCUACAAGGAUGAAAGAAUUAAGCUUAUGACUGAAAUACUUAAUGGCAUGAAAGUUUUAAAAAUAUAUGCAUGGGAACCAAGCUUUCAGGAAUACAUUCUUAAGAUAAGGAAUAAAGAAUUAAAAAUUAUGAGAACUAUGAUCUAUUAUGGUGCCAUCUCUGCGUUUGUAUGGUUUUGUUCAACAAUUACUGUUUCUUUAAUGUCGUUUGCUUGCUAUGUUUUGGUAAACGAUACAGAAGUUCUCGAUGCAAAAAAAACAUUUGUAGCGUUGUCUCUGUUUAACGUACUUCGUUGGCCAAUGACAUUUUUACCUAACGUUAUAUCUAACGGGAUUCAGACUUAUGUGAGCCUCAAGAGGUUGAAUAAAUUCUUAAAUUCUGAGGAAUUGGAUGUUCGUAUGAUCGAGCACAAUCCUGAUGAACCGGAUCAGAUUGUGGCAGAAAAUGGAUACUUUUCGUGGAACGGCGUAGACUCAGAGCCGACACUGACAAAUCUAAACUUGCAAAUUCCACGUGGUUCUCUCGUAGCCGUCGUCGGCGCCGUCGGCACAGGCAAGAGCUCACUCCUCGCUGCACUACUCGGCGAAAUGGACAAGGUUUCCGGACGUGUUAAUGUCAAAGGUACUACAGCGUACGUUACUCAGCAGGCUUGGAUUCAAAACGCCACAGUUCAGGAUAACAUUUUAUUCGGCAAGCAACUUAAUAAAACUAAAUAUAAUCAAAUACUCAGAGCAUGUGCAUUAAAGACUGAUUUAGCUAUCCUCCCUGGAGGUGAUCAAACGGAAAUUGGCGAGAAAGGAAUAAAUUUGUCGGGUGGUCAGAAACAGCGUGUUUCGCUGGCGCGUGCAGUUUACUUUGACGCUGACAACUACUUCCUGGAUGACCCACUCAGCGCCGUUGACUCGCAUGUCGGAAAACACCUUUUCGACGAGGUAAUAGGGCCGAAUGGUGUACUUAAAAACAAAACAAGAGUGUGGGUGACACACAACGUAUCGUACUUGGCGCAGACGGAUCUGGUUUUGGUAUUGCAAGACGGUCAGGUGCGAGAGGCUGGCAAGUACCAAGAGUUACUUCAACAAAAGGGUGCUUUUGCUGAUUUCUUGCUGCAUCAUCUGAACAAUGCUACACAAACUGCCGAAGAUGAUGACGUCGGGAAGGAUCAACAUGAUUUGUCAUCUGGUGCAACUCUAGGUAAUCAUGACAUAAAAUCAAGCAAAGAAGAAUUAGACGCAAAUGAGGACGAUAAAGAAUACGACGAACUUAUCAAAGCAGAACGAGCAGAAACCGGAACAGUAAAAUGGGCAGUUUACAAACAUUACUUUUUGAAUGUCGGUGUUAUGGCAUCAGUGAUAAGUAUCAUGACGUACGGGUUGGUGCACUGUCUACAAAUCAUUGCCAACUUCUGGCUCGUCCGCUGGACCAAUGACAAAAAUAUGCUCGUGAACGGUACGGUUGACAAGAGUUUACGAGACUAUUAUCUCGGAGUGUAUGGUGGCAUCGGCUUGACUCACGUGAUCAUAUCAAUCGUGGUGGAUCUAUUACCAUUCUUAGCAUGCUGGAGGGCCGCAAAAAUUCUCCACGAAACAUUGUUGAAAAAUUUAUUAAGAGCUCCAUUGCAUUUCUUCGAAGUAACUCCAGCUGGUAGGAUUAUCUCGAGAUUUUCUAAGGACGUGGAUGCAGUAGAUACUGCUAUUCCUUGGCAACUCUCCGGUGUUAUCAGCUGUACCUUCGAGGUUUUGGGGACAAUAUUCGUAAUCAGUUACUCGACGCCCAUAUUUUUGACUGUAGUAGUGCCUAUUGCAGUAAUAUACUUAGCCAUACAGAGGUUCUACGUGCCGACAUCUCGACAGCUCAUGAGGAUUAUGUCUGUGGCUCGCUCACCGAUCUUUUCACAUUUUAAUGAAAGCAUUUUAGGUGCUUCUAGUAUUCGUGCUUUUGGAGUUAAGGAAAGAUUUGUGAAAGAAUCUCAAGAAAGGGUUGAUAAUUACCAAGCGAUCUCCUACCUGAGGUCCGUUGCAGAUAGAUGGCUCGGAGUUCGACUUCAAGUAGUCGGCAGUCUAAUCAUAUUCUUCGCUGCAUUAUUUGCAGUCAUUGGUCGAGAUACUAUCAGUCCAGGUCUUGCAGGUCUUUCGGUUAGCUACACGUUAGAGAUCACGCAGAUUCUAUUUUAUUUAGUCCUAGGCAUAUCUAUAAUUGAAACUGAUAUUGUAGCAGUGGAACGCAUGAAAGAGUAUGCUGAAACAGAACAAGAAGCAGACUGGGUAGUACCCAAUGGUCCUCGCUCUUCGUGGCCGGAAACGGGCUCAGUACAGUUCGAAGGUCUAACUAUGGCAUACCGAAGGGGAGCAGAACCCGCUCUGCGUGAUGUCACGUGUAAUGUGGAACCAGGGGAUAAGAUCGGAAUCGUUGGACGCACCGGUGCGGGCAAGUCCACGCUUACACUCGCACUUUUCAGGAUUGUAGAAGCAGUGGCAGGCCGCAUUCUUAUCGAUGGAUUAGACAUCGCUAAGAUAGGUCUACAUCAACUGCGUUCACGUAUAACCAUCAUACCUCAAGACCCGGUGCUGUUUGCAGGAACACUGCGUAUGAAUUUAGAUCCAUUUUCAACGCAUUCGGACAGUGAAAUUUGGCAUGCGCUUGAGCUCGCACAUCUGAAGCCGUUUGUGCUCGGACUGCCAUCAGGGUUGCGACAUGUGAUAUUAGAGAGUGGCGAGAACUUGUCGGUGGGACAGCGGCAACUUAUUUGCCUGGCGCGGGCCCUUCUGCGUAAGACCUCAUUGCUCGUGUUAGACGAGGCCACCGCAGCUGUUGACCUGGAAACGGAUGACUUGAUCCAGAAAACCAUCCGCACCGAGUUUGCAUCGUGUACUGUUAUCACCAUCGCUCAUCGGCUCAACACCAUCCUGGAUUCCACAAAGGUUAUGGUGCUAGAUAAAGGCCGUCUCAUGGAAUACGCACCUCCGGGUGAGCUACUCCAAGACAAGAAUUCUAUGUUUUACAGUCUAGCCAAAGACGUCGACCUGGUUAGUUAA